AUGUCAUAUUCUGUUAAACAAAAAGUUGAAUUAGCAGCAGAAGCUGCUCGAAAUAUUAAAGAUGAUAUUGCUGAAGCUGUAAAAGAUGCUCUACCUGAAAUAUUAAAUGAAGCACUCAAAGGUAUCAAUAUUGGUGAUGAUAUUAAACAAACAAUAAAUGAAGAAGCAGCAAAAUUAUUUUUUUUUUUAAAAAAAAAAAUGACUCUUCGUUUACGUUUAAGAAAUUGGCAAAAUAGAUAUGGAACAGUUAUUCAACAACAACAAAACAUAAACAGAAGUAUCAAUUAUUAUAAUACUGUUGGAAGAUUUCAAAAAAACCAUCAACAGUUAUUAAAUGAAAUAAACAAAUUACGCAAAGAUCUUGAUAAUGCUAAAAAAGAAGCAAAAGAAGCAAAUCAAAAAUAUCUUGAAGAAAAAGAAAAACUAGAAAAAGAAAAAGAACUUCAUGCUGAUACAAAAAAACAAUUAAAAGAGGCUGAAGAUGAACAACUUAAACAGAAUCAUAAGAUUGAAAUCGAUCAACUAAAACAACAAAUUAAAGAUAAAGAUGAAGAGAUUAAAAAAUUAAAAAAUGAACGUGAUAAAUAUAAGAUGAUGUAUGAAACUCAAAAAAAAAUUAUUAAAAAUUUAAAGAAAGAUAAAAAAGAAUUAAAUGAACUUUACGAACAAAGUAAAAAAAAUAAUGUGGAUUAUGAAUCUGUGAAGAACCAGUUAGAAACUGUUAAAAAAGAUAAAGAAAAACUCGAAAAAGAAAAUGAAGAACUAAAAAGUAAGAUGGAAGAAAAAGAAAAAAAGAUUGAUAACAUAAAUGAUAACGUUAGGGAAAUUUUUAAUGUAGUUAAGGAUUUACCUCCUACAUUAUUACGUGAUAUAGUCAAAGAGAUGGAAAAAAAUAAUCCUGAAACAGUCGAUAUCAAAGAUCAAAUAAAAAGAUUACAACAAAUAGCUAGAUAA